AUGAGUUCAGUUUUAGUCAGACCAAUCCAGGAUUCAGAUAAAGAGGCAUGGUCAAAACUGUGGGAUCAAUUCCUCACUUUCCACAAAAGCAGCGCUAGCGACGAAGCAAAAGAUUUGACUUUCCAAAGGUUUUUGGAUCCCCACGUUAAGAUGUGGGGGGCUCUUGCCAUCAACGAGGACUCUGGCACACCUAUCGGGUUAGUGCACUAUCUUUCCCACUUCCACACUUGGGAUGUGAAGGACAAGAUAUACCUCAAUGAUUUAUUUGUUGACGAAGGUUCCAGGGUUAAGGGCGUGGGCAGAAAACUAAUUGAACACGUAUACAGACAUGCCGAUGAUCUCGGUACUCCAGCAGUGUAUUGGGUAACUUAUGCUGAUAACCAUAGCGCUCAAGUGUUAUACAAUAAGAUUGGAAGGAAUCAAGGCGUCAAUAAAUACGUUAGAGAUAUAUGA